AUGUCUAUGUUCGCAUCUACAUUUCGAUGGCUGCAGAGGAAGAGAUAUCAAUAUGAGGUCACAUUCUCGUUGUACAUGUUGACACCCACAGAGAAAUUUAUAUUUAAUUCGUUCCUCUUUCUCUUCUUUAGCAUGAUCAUUAUUGCCAUGACACUUUAUCUCCCACAGCACAUCACCUUUCUUACCAACCGCGCCUGGUUCUACUACAACGGAGACGAGUCCGCCAAGUCUGCCCUUACAUCUGCGAGUCCGGUCAUAGAAGCAGUGGCCAAGGAAACUAUUGCAAAAGCUGUCGAGGUUGGAGUUGGGAAGGAAUUAUGA